UUAUUCAUUUUGACCUGCAGUUCAAAUUUAACUGCAUGUCCUGUUUUUAUUUGCUAAAUCUGGCAACACUAUUAAAGACUAUCAGUAUGCAUCACAGAUUAAUGAAUCAGAAAAUUUUAAACUUAGCCUCAGAAAGAUAGUACAGAACCGUGAAAGGAAAUUGGCUCUAUUUGCAUCUUAACAAACAGUAGCUCAGCCUAAAUAUGUGGAAAAAUACAACCAGCUGAGACGGUAAGUAGACACUCAAUGCCCAGUCCAGGGAUCACCAAGCAUGCUGUUUGUCAAGACUAACCAGGAUUUAAUGACGACAGCUACAAUCUUCAUUUAGCAUUCCAGUCUCCAUCACAAGACAGACUACAAGAAAAGAGGUAAAGAAAAUUAUAGCAAAAUCUAAGAAGCAGGUGUGGAUAUCAUACUGCAUCAGGUCAACCAGAAACGAAUAGAAUAUUUCUCUAUUCAAACACGCCAGGUAAAGUGGAGAGAAUAUUAAUGCUCAUAGCAGCUGGAGAGUUUUCAGUGGGGAUGUUAGGGAAUACAUUCAUUGCAUUGGUAAACUGCAUGGACUGGGCCAAGAACAGGAAGAUUGCCUCCGUUGAUUUAAUCCUCACAAGUCUGGCAAUGUCCAGAAUUUGUCUACUGUGCAUAAUACUACUAGAUUGCUUGAUAUUGGUGUUGUAUCCAGAUGUCUACACCACUGGUAAACAAAUGAAAAUCCUUGACUUCUUCUGGACACUAACCAACAAUUUAAGCGUCUGGUUUGCCACCUGCCUGAGCAUCUUCUAUUUCCUCAAGAUAGAAUUUUUCCAUCCCCUGUUCCUUUGGAUGAAGUGGCGAAUUGACAAGGUGAUUCCCUGGAUUCUGCUGGGGUGCUUGGCCUUCUCUGUGUUUAUUAGCCUUCCAGUCACCAAGGAUUUGAAUGAUGAUUUCAUGCUUUGCGUCAAGCUGAAGUGGAAGAAAAAUUCAACUCAGAGAUGCAGAGUAAAUAAAGCAAAUAAAGCUCAGUAUGCUUCCACCAAGAUUCUUCUCAACCUGUCAACCCUAUUUCCCUUUUCUGUGUCCCUGAUCUCAUUUCUCCUCUUGAUCCUCUCCCUGUGGAGACACACCAGGCAGAUGCAGCAAAAUGCCACAGGAUGCAGGGACCCCAGCAGAGCUGCCCACGUAGGAGCCGUAACAGCUGUUAUCUCCUUCCUCUUCCCCUUUGUUACCUGCAUUUUGGCCUUUCUUGUAGCCACCUCCAGCUACUUUCUGCCAGAGACAGAACUAGCUGUGAUACUGGGUGAGCUGAUAGCUCUAAUCUGUCCCUCAAGCCAUUCGUUUAUUCUAAUUCUGAGGAACAAUAAGUUAAGACAAGCAUCUCUAAGAGUGCUGUGGAAAGUAAAAUAUAUCCUAAAAAGAAGAGAAGUCUAA